AUGGCCGCAUCCGGCCACUACUACCACACGUACGUCGGGACGGGCGGGGUCGGCGGAGGAGGAGGAGCAGGAGGACCGGGAGGUGCUGUGAUGGUGACCUCGGGAGCCUCGGGAGGCGCCACGUCCAAGGAUCGCAACUCGAUCGGACGCGUCGCCAGCUACUCCUCGAGUCAGAAGAGUGCCGGUAGUGUGGGGGGCGGUGUGGGGGUUGGUGCCUCCGGUGGUUGCAAGGAAAAGUCCUCGCAGCAGCAACAACAACAGCAGCAACAGUACUACUACCACCGUACCGCCAGCAGUAAUAGCGACUGCGAGGACUCGAUCGUGCCGGAGCGGAUCACGUGCAUCUCCGGGGCGCAGCAGCACUAUCAGCAGUAUCACCAUCUGCCGCAGCAGCACCUGGAGAACCUGAUCGGCGACGCCGGAACCGGUUUCGUGUCCGGCUCGGCCCAGAUAACGACCAUCUUGUGA